AUGGCCGAGCCUUCCCCCGAGCCCCAGCAUGUAGCGGUCCACAACGCCGUGUGUGACGUCUGUCAACUGCGGAUCAUCGGCUUGCGGAUGCGGUGCACCGGGUGUGUCGACUUUGAUGUCUGCGGCGAUUGCUUCGUCGAAGGAGGCCAUGUCGGUCAUGCCACCAAUCACAUCCUCAUUCCCAUCCCGUUGGACGGCCACGACAAUGUCGAGCCUCCUACCUCGCCGGCAGCGCCUGUUGUCCACCCGAUGUGCGUCUGCGAUGGCUGUUUUCCCAUCGAGGCCGACAUCGUGCCGGUCGCAGUAGCCCCGCUCGUUGGCGCCCGCUGGCUCUGCCUCGUCUGCGACGAUGUUGAUCUCUGCGAGCGCUGCUUUGCCGCAGACACGCAUCCGCCGGCGCACCCGAUGCUGCGGAUCGCACGUCCGCUCUCGUUUGCCGCACUUGCAUCCUUGCCGUCGGACUGGUUAGCAGAACUAGACGAAACCGGUGGAGCAGAUGAUGGUGUGCUGGUGCAGCCUGUUUCUUGCGCCGGAUGCACCCGGGCGCUGGCCGACCGCGACGAGGUCUACCUCUGCGCACACUGCUCAUGCACAGCGCUCUGUGUCUCCUGUUUUGGUGCUGCACCGAUCCUACAUACCGAGCACAAUGCCUGGAUUCGCCUCCGCUCGCUCGAUCUGGUGCCGCGCUCUGCUCUCGCCCGCACGCGCCUCCUCUGCCCGCCAUUUGUGGCGGCAGGCAAGCGGAGCCAGCGCGCACUCACGAGCCAGUCGCUCGGCGUGCCGCACCAGCUCUCGGCGCCCAAGGUUGAGAUCGAGCUCGAUGUUGCCCGCGACUCCGACGUGCCGGCUGUUGCCUCUCUCGACGCCGCCUGCUUUGACGAGCCGUGGCCCGAAGACGCCUUCUGGUUCGCACUCGACCAUCCGCACGUCGCCACGCUUCUCGUGGCUCGCGCCGGCGACUUUCUUGCCGGCUACAUUCUGUUCGGCAUGCAUGUUCGCCGCCGCCGAGCACUAAUCACGUCACUGGCCGUCGACAACCGGCUCCGUGGCAGGUGCAUCGGUGCCUCGCUCCUUGAUGAGGCCACGGCGGUCAUCGCCGCAUCAGGUACCAUCUCCGAGAUCGUCCUCCAUGUUGCCUUCCACAACGAGCCGGCCGAGCGGCUGUACCGCUCGCUACUACGGCGGUGA